AUUUCUAUUAUCAUGGCAUCUAUUACUAUUUAAUAUUUAUUAUUACUCUAUGAGCAUGGCACACUAAUCAUUAUGUUAGGAGUUAGUCUUAGUAGUAGAAGUGAUUAUUAUAUUUUAUUAUUAUAGAAUGACUUAGGUCAUAGUGUAAUCACAGGACAAUAGGUAAGAUGUGAGAUAUAAGUGUUAAGUAAAUCAGUUUUUUAUUUUUAUGUUAUAAGUUAUUCCAAUAUUCCAUAACAAAUAAUUGUCCUACAUUUUACUAAAUAGUAAUUCAAUAUAUUAUAGAAAUAACAAAUUAACCUGGUGGUAACUUUUCCAUGAGUUCAUUACCCAAAGAUUUUUUACUCAAUGUUGAAAUGAAUGAUUCAGUGAUUUCACUGUCAUCAAUAUCAUCUGAUUCAGUGUCAUCCGAAAGUUCAACAUCUGUAUCUGAUAACUUCUUAACAAUAAGCGAAAAUGAUUUAAAUGGUGAUAUAUUGGAAAAAGAAAUUGAAAAAUGCAAUCAAAUGAUAAGAACUACUAAAGAGUGUAGUCAAGAACGCAUGCGACUGGUCAGAAGACUAGUAGAGUUAAGGUUCAAAUUAGAAAUGAUAGCAGAAAUAAAGGCUUUAGAAAACAAAAAUCUACUGAAUGAAACUAAAGUAGUUUUUGGUCAUCAUUUAUCUUUUGUAUGGAAGCCAAAUUGGUUAGAAAAUAAAUUUUGUGACGUAUGUACAAAAACUAUUUGGAAAUACAUGCAUCAACUGUAUGAAUGUUCAGAUUGUGGAUACUACUGUCAUAUUUUCUGUGUGGAAAAAAUUAAAAGGGUUUGUACUGCAGUUGUUGCUAGUGAGCAUUCUAUGAUUUUAACUAUCACUCCGUCCAAUGGAUUGUUAUUUCAAGAUUACAAAUGUGCUGAAUGCCAAUCAUACAUCCGAAUUCGCAACACCAAAAUUUCACCUGAAGAUACUAUUUCAUUAGAGGCCCGCUUGUGUGACUAUGAUGGCAAAUAUUACUGCCCUUUACACCAUUGGAAUAAUACCGCUUUAAUACCAGCACGUGUUCUAUGUAAUUGGCAAUUUGAAAAAAAAUGUGUGAGUCAGGCAUCUUUUCAGCUACUUAAUUAUAACUAUAAAUCAAAGAUGUACAAUUUGGAAAAACACAACCCUAAACUCUAUACAUAUUUAGAGUCACUAAAUCAAAUUAAAAGCAUUAAGAAUAGCUUAGUUAAAAUGAAGAAAUACUUGGUUUUGUGUAAAGUUUGGAAUGCACAGUUAAAAAAUGUAUCCACUAGAUGCCAUGAAUUGUUAUAUGAUAGUAUUUUGUAUAGCAUGAAAGAUAUGGUUGAUAUAAAAUCUGGACUUUUUUUAGAGGAUUUAAAGAGAGUAAAAGAUGUCUGUGAAAAACAUAUUCGAUAUGAAUGCGAAAUUUGUAAAAAUCAAGGAUAUAUUUGUGAGCUUUGUCAAAAGGAAACAAUAAUAUUCCCAUUCGAUGAAGAUGCCCAUAGCUGUGAUAAAUGUGAUAAUGUUUAUCACUACCAAUGUUGGAAAAAUAGAGAUUUCUGCCCUAAAUGUAAAAGAAUUAAAGAACGGUCUAAACUCCAAGAAAUUUACAUCUGAAGUAUAAUUAAAUGUUAAACUAAAAGUAUUAAAACAUUUUAUUUUAAUCUAGAAUUAUAUUUUUUGUAUACUUAUCAAAAUUUAUAAUAUUUUAUACU